AUGAAAAAAACAUGCGAAGUGUGCAAAAAGAAAAUUUUCCAGUAUGUGUGUCCAUCAUGUGAAAUAGUCUAUUGCAGUCUUGAGUGUUAUCAAAAUCAUAAUGAUAAUUGUGUUAAUAAUUUUUUAGAAAAACAUGUAAACGAAAAUAUAAGAAAUAAUGCACUAACCGAAUUUGAUAAAAAGGAAUUUAAAUUUAAACUGAAAAAGUUUUACGAGGAUAAUGCGGAAAGCGAUUUUACAAGUGAAUGUAAAAUACUGAAUGAAAGGAAAGAUGAAAAAAAAAGUAAAGCGCGUUACGAUAGGGGAAAUUACGAACAUGUAAAAUGUGGUUGGGCUGAGGAGUUGAGAGGUGGGGAUGAACAGGGAAAGUGCGACAAUGAAGAAGAUGAGGAGGAUGAGCAUGUACAUGACGGAGAUGAAGAAAGGGGUAGUUUACCGCAACCCAGAGACGAUGACAAUGGAGAUGAUGCAAAUUGCGAAGAAACAGCUAGCAGCGAAAGUGAAGCAGCAGAAAAUUCAGAGUACCUGAAUAAAUGGUGCAUAAGCAACAAAAGGUAUAAAGUACUCACCGAAUUAGCACUAAAAGAUGAACUUAAGUUAGAAAAUUUGAAUAAAACAGAAAAAAAACAAUUUUUUUCAUUUUUAAAAAAUAAUGAUAUGAAUUUGUAUAUAGAUAAAUUUGAACCAUGGUGGCUUGAGUGUGUAAUAAAAAGAAUGGAAGUACCUGAACACAUAUGUUGUAAUAAGGAUGUAAAUCAAAAUGUCAUUUUUAUAAUUAUUGAAAUUAUAUAUUCCUAUUGUUAUUUAUUACGUAUUUAUUACAAAACUAUAAGUAACAGAGAAUUUUGUUAUCUAAUGUUGUACUUAGCAGUUUCGUUAAAUCGACUGUACUUACCUGAAGAAAAUGCACUGAACACAAUAAACAACUUAUUUGAACGAAUUUUGGAAAAAGAUGACUUGGCAAGGGAAAAAAAUGUUCUAUAUAACGUCAUAACAGAUGUAUCUAAAAUUAUUAGUUUAAAAGAAUUAAUUCUUAGAUGUUUAUAUGAAACAAAAAGAAAGUUUAAAAAAGAAAUUAAAAAAUUAAAUACAUAUAAAGAUACUUUAACUAGUAAUUUAAAAAAAGCAAAAAUACUUAUUUCCAUUUUACAAGAACAAAAGAAUUUUAAAUAUGUUAACAAGAAAAUCACCUUUUUAUAUAGUUACGCAAAUUAUCAUUAUGACCGUUUUGAAGAAAUAAGAUUACAGCUCACUAGAUUUUACAGCGAGCAAAGAAUUUUCGUUCAGUCCAAUGAAAAUAGGGAAAUUGUUUUGUCCAAGUAA